GGGGGCAGCCGGGCCUCAGCUCUCAUGCUGGAGACUGCACCCAAGCUUAUUGGCGUUCAGUCACACAACGUGUGCAGUUACAGCAGCACUGCCUAUAUAUAGCCUGGAGGGACACAGAGCCAGGAAAGGCUCUGCUACUGGCUGGGGGACUCGGGAGGUUGCCCAGUUAGUCCCUCUACGACUACCACAGGGCACUGGCAGGAAGGCCAGGUGUCCAAGUGGCACAGCACACCCGCCCACCCUUCCCCACAUGAUGAGGAUGUGCCCCUCAUGACAUGCUGCCCUGGUGAGCACUGGCCCCACCAGCAGGACCUGUCCUGUGGGAAGUAGGGCUGUGCUGGGUCAUCACUGCUUACUGCACCACCUUAAACUGCCUUAAGGCUGGGGCCAGGGCGACUGCCCCUUUCCCAUCUGAGCACAUGAAGUGACACAAUUAGGGUGAGUGCCUGGGUUUGCCCCCUGAUGGACAUCCCCCUGCAGCAGCAGCAGGGAUAUCACAGCACCUGGUGCUGGUGUGGUGAUACCUGAAGCCACAAGGGCUGGUUUGCAGCUCAGCUACCUCCUCCCACCACCAGCACAGUUUUUGAACACCCAGGCUCUUCCAAAGAGGCCACCUGGCUACCUGGGGCUCUGCCAGCCUUCCUCAUGUCCCCCAAACCCUUCCUGUUGGCUCCUGUCCCUCUGGACCCCCCAGGUCGCACCACCACGGCACGGGCAGCGUGCAGGCUGCAAUGGGCCAUGGUUGGGUGCCUACAGGUGUGAAGCGGCAUCCAUCCCUCCCCGCCGGGAGAAAAGCUGAUGCUGGUGAGGCAAAAGGUCCCCUCCUCAUGGCUUUCAGCCUCCCUGUCCCUGCUCAGCCGCUCUCCUUCAUUCCAGGCCUGGCACUUUUCAGCUGCGUGGGUGCUGAUGCCAAUGUGACCGAAGGGCUGCCCUGCGAGGGCUGUGCAGGUAAUGUGACGCAGAUGCGGCGGCGGGGACACUUCUCCCGGUGUCCCGAGGAGUACCGGCACUACUGCGUCAAGGGACGCUGCCGCUUCCUCGUGGCCGAGGCAGCUCCGGCCUGCAUGUGCGAGCGAGGCUACACGGGGGCACGGUGUGAGCAGGUGGACAUCUUCUACCUGCGAGGCGACCGGGGCCAGAUUGUGGUCAUCUCCCUCAUCGCUGCCAUCGUCACCCUCAUCGUCUUUGUCGUCUGCGUCUGCCUCUGUGCUCACCACUGUCGGAAGCAGCGCAGGAAGAGGAAGGAAGAGGAGAUGGAGACGCUGAACAAGAACGUGCCCUCGAGGAGUGAAGAUGUGCUGGAGACGGACGUUGCGUGAAGGUGCGGGGGUUUGGUGGUCAGUGGUGAUCCCCUAAGCCCUGACAGCUGACAGCUGCCCGCCAGGAACCUGCGGGCAGGUCCCGGCGCCGGCCGGGUGGGCGAGGGGUCGCACUUGUCACGGUGCUAAUAAAAGGGUGACCGAAA